AAUACAAAUAUGGAGGGAAAACCACCACCAUCACACUCCCUGCUUCAGUAAUAGCAGCAAUCACAGAGACAAAAAGGGAAAAACUAUGGCGGCCGGCGGUGGCGGAGGAAAGGCGGACGAGUUCGGGCCUCAUCCUGUCAAAGACCAGCUUCCUGCCGUCGAUUUCUGCGUCUCCAGCUCUCCUCCUUGGCCUGAAGCGAUAAUUCUAGGGUUUCAGCACUACCUGGUGAUGCUGGGGACUACUGUUAUCAUUCCAUCCAUAGUCGUCCCUUUAAUGGGCGGUGGCGAUGUUCAGAAGGCUAAGGUGAUAAACACUUCUCUCUUUGUUGCUGGCAUAAACACCCUUUUGCAGACUUUGUUAGGUACUCGGCUGCCAGUGGUGAUAGGCAGUUCAUAUGCUUUCAUUGUCCCCACUAUCUCCAUUGCUCUGUCCAGGAGAUUCAGUUAUAUAAUUGAUCCCGACGAGAGGUUUGAAGUAACUAUGAGAUAUAUUCAAGGAGCCUUGAUUAUUUCAUCACUUUUCGCAUGCAUCAUUGGUUUUUUCGGUUUUUGGAGAAUUUUCGGAAGGUUUCUUAGCCCUCUUGCAGCUGUUCCUCUUGUCAUUCUCACCGGACUUGGGCUUUAUGAACGUGGUUUCCCACAGGUGGCAAAAUGCAUUGAAACAGGACUCCCGGCUUUGAUCAUACUGGUUUUCUUAUCUCAGUAUGUCCCCCAUUUGUUGAAAUCCAAGUGCGCCAUAUUUGAACGGUUUGCAGUCCUUUUCUCGGUUGCGAUUGUAUGGGUUUAUGCAGAAAUUUUGACUGCAGCUGGUGCAUAUGAUCAUAAAUCACCAACAACUCAGUUCAGUUGUCGUACUGAUCGCUCUGGACUCAUUAGAGCUGCACCUUGGAUAAGUGUUCCAUAUCCAUUGCAAUGGGGGACUCCAUAUUUCGAAGCUGGUGACGCGUUUGCAAUGAUGGCUGCUGCUUUUGUUGCCAUCAUUGAGUCUACAGGUACAUUUAUUGCAGCAGCAAGAUUUGGCAGUGCCACUCAUAUACCACCUUCUAUUCUUAGCCGUGGAGCUGGAUGGCAGGGAAUAGGGAUUUUGCUAGAUGGCUUGUUUGGCACAGCAAGCGGCUCCACUGCUUCGGUUGAAAAUGCUGGUCUUUUGGGAUUAACAAGAGUUGGAAGUCGGAGAGUUAUUCAAAUAUCAGCAGGAUUUAUGCUUUUCUUUUCUGUUCUAGGAAAAUUUGGUGCUCUUCUAGCUUCCAUACCAUUGCCAAUCAUGGCAGCUUUGUACUGUGUCCUCUUUGCCUAUGUUGCUUCAGCUGGCCUUGGUUUCCUCCAAUUUUGCAAUCUGAACAGCUUCAGAUCCAAGUUUAUUCUAGGUUUUUCCAUCUUCAUGGGUCUUUCAGUGCCACAAUACUUCAAUGAAUAUCUUCUAAUUUCUGGUUAUGGUCCUGUUCACACUCAUUCUUCAUGGUUUAACAACAUAAUGCAAGUAAUUUUCUCAUCUCCUGCGACCGUUGCAAUUUUUGUUGCUUUCUUCUUAGACAGCACCCAUAGUUAUGGACACAGCUCAAUCCACCAUGACAGUGGCAGACAUUGGUGGGAAAAGUUCAGGAAUUUCAACACAGAUACCCGGAGUGAAGAGUUCUAUUCAUUGCCUUUCAAGCUGAACAGGUUCUUCCCCUCAUUCUAACUCGAAGGCGUUUCCCUGCCAUUGAUGAUGGAGAACUGAAAUGAAACUAGAAUGCAUAUAAAAACAAAUCCAGUCUAAGAUCCUUUUUUUUUUUUUAUUUAUUUGUUGGAUAAUUGGGUUUUCCAACACAUAAAUACACAGUGGUUAAAGAAAAGUGAGGAAAAGCCCUGUAUGGGAACAUUUGUAGACAUCUUUAUUGUGCCCUUGUUAGUUACUGCAUUUUUAUUGAUGCCGAGAAUUUGCUAGAGAGUUCGUUAGUAAAAUAUCUUUUUAAUG